CUGGAAGCCAGAAUUUAUCAACAAACAAUUUCCCGUCGUGUUUUUUCCCCGGCGCGAGCAUUUCAUGGACUGUCCUACGUACUUUCCCCUCCUUCUCUUCUCUUCUCUUCUCCUCCUCCUCCUCCUCGCGUGCGCCGCUGCCGUCUGCUCGAGCACCCCGCACCUGAUCCCGAACCCUGACUGGUACCUUCGAGGCUGCCGGGGCAGACGCACGGGCACCUGUACAGUCCAUUCGACGCUGCCCCGAACUCCAUGAUGCGCGCCGCCGUUAUCGUGUCCGGGCUCGCCGCCUGCAAUGGCCUCGGCGCCCAGAUGGCCUGGCCCCACAAGAGCAGCGCGGGAACAAGCUCUGGCCAGUUGCAGGCCAAGGAGGAUUCCGACGUGGUAGCCAAGUUCGACGAAGCUUUGAAGGAGAAUUCGCCAGACGAGGCGCUGAAGCUUGGGGCGGUAGGCGGGGGCAUGGACAGCCCCGACCACACCAUGAGCGGUCGCAAGAGCAAGAACGGCGGCAAGGCCGAGCCCGACUGGGUCGGCUACCAGGCAGCCAAGGCCGAGCUGCAGGCCGUUGAGGCGAGGGAGGCGUCCGCGGAGGCAGAGCGCUACGCGAUCAAGACGAUUGGCAGCGACAUGUCCGACAAGCAGCUGGAGGCCAAAGACCGCAUCGCGAGGGCAGAGUUUCGGGCCCAGACCAUGCGCGAGGGCCGCCUCGAGGGCCUCGUCGACAGCUUCGAGAAGGACGGGGACCACCAGGAGAGCGAAGUGAAAGGGUUGCUCCACAACGGUGAUAUCGUCGAGAGCAAGACGCGCAAGAUGGCGGCCCAGGAGGAGAAGAAAAUGCUCAAGAUGGCAAAGGAGGAGGACGCGGAGGAUGCGGCGGAGGAGGCCAGCUACAUGAAGGACCGGCGCCGGACGGAGAAAAUGGCCGAGAAGGUCCUGAAGGAGGAGUCCCACAUUGAGAAACUCCAGGCGAAGGAGGUUGCCGACCUGACCAGGGAGUACGAGUCGAUCCACAAGGCCAACAUGAGGAACAUCGCGGAGGCGGAGAAGCAGACAAAGAACCGGCUCUGGGAGGAGGCAGACAACCGUCGUAAUGCAUCCGCCUCCGGCGGAAACCUUGAGAUCACCGAUGUGGCGAACCUGCUCGACGUGACUCAGUACGAGCUGGACACCAUCAGGAACGAGCUGAAUUCGAAGGCGAACGAUCCGAAGGAAGAAGCCAAGUGGGGCGCAAAGUACGAUGACAAGAUCGAGACCCUCGGGACGAAGUCCGUGUUCGCGUCGGCCAAGCUGGUGGAGAGCCUCAGGUUCAAGGCAGAGGAGUUCGUGGGCCACCACAAGGAGAUCGACAACGCCCGGUUCGUGCACAUGUUGGCGCACAUGCUGAACCAGUCGUGGAACGACAUCCAGGACUUCCGGUCUGAACACAGCGGAUACCACAAGCGGAUCGUGAGCGACAUGGCGGCCCCCGACAAGUUCACGUCCUCCCUGUCCCUGGCCAUCAACGGGGUGA